GAUUUAAUUAUUCUUGUUUUAUUGCUGUGCGACGUUCAAUAUUUUUUCCGAUUAAUCAUCAAGAACUGUUCGAAUGUGUAAUUUUAUUUUAUAUUGUUGACUGAUUGUGCAAAUAAAAGUAAUUUCACGGUGUCAGAAUGGUGUAGACUUCCGAUGUGAAAUCUUUUGGGCACAGUAUUUAUAAGGUAGUUAAGUGGCUUUCUUGUCUACCCCCUACUAAGAGCAGAAGCUAGUCUAGUAGGUGAACAAAGCAAAUAGCCAUGGCAGAUAUGAUGAGAAUGAGUGGAAGUGGAGCGCUAGGAGGUUUUCAGCGGGAUAAGCUCGGGUCGCCUUCCACUGGAUCGGAGGAUGGCGGCGGAAUCGAUCUCGGCGAUAUUGCACAGGAAUUGGAUCAGGAUGAGUUCGAUGGACCGACAACCUUGAACGGAGAUCGUCCAGCGAUAACUGCUCCUCCAGAGAGUGAAUGGUAUCAUGGACGAUUGGAUCGAUUUAGUGCAGAGCAGAGAUUGAAGUCAGCUUCAAGACUUGGAAGUUAUUUAGUUCGUGAAAGUGAUCGUAAGCCCGGUUCUUAUGUUUUGAGUUACUCCGGAAGAACGGGUAUCAAUCAUUUCCGCAUUACGGCCGUUUGUGGAGACUUUUACAUUGGAGGACGGCAGUUUUUCUCGCUAAGUGAUUUAGUCGGUUAUUAUACAUCGUGCAGUGAUUUGUUAAAAAGAGAAAAGUUAGUCUACCCGAUACCACCUCCUGAGCCGGUCAAUGACAAGAAGCGUGUUGUGGCUAUAUUACCAUACACGAAAAUGCCCGAUACUGACGAGUUGACUUUCCAGAAAGGGGACAUAUUCUUCGUACACAACGAUAUGGGAGACGGCUGGCUUUGGGUGACCGCACAUAGAACUGGUGAACAAGGAAUGAUUUUCCGUGAAUUGGUAGAAGAUUUGGAUCCUAGCAUUGACCCAAAUACGGUAUUUUCCUGGUUUCAUCCAACAUGUUCGAAGAACGAAGCAGUUGAUAUGCUGGUCAAAGCCGGCCCAGGAAGUUUCUUGGUUCGACCAAGCGAUAAUUCUCCUGGAGAUUAUUCUUUGUUUUUCCACAUAAACAAUCAAAUUCAACGUUUUCGUAUCGAGAAAAAAGGAGUUCGCUAUUUAAUGGGUGGACGAACUUUUGAGUGUUUGGAUGCGGUUAUAAACCGAUAUCGGAAAGAACAGAUAGUUGAAGGCCACACACUAAUGCAUGCGGUGAUCAACGGUAGUCAACCUGAGUACCAUCCGCCUACCAGCGUCGCUAGUGCUGCUGAGAAAAUCUAUGCCACCUUGCGCGAGUGUCGCGAUCAAAAUAUUCUGAAGAAAACAAAGGGCAUAAAACAUCAUGGUUAUUUACUGAAAAAAUCGGACAAAACGGCCAAAUGGAAACAAUUGUACUUUGCUUUGCUGGUUGAGGGAUCGGAAACGCAUUUAUGUUUCUAUGAUAGCCCGAAGAAAACAAAACCAAAAGGAUUAAUUGAUCUCUCAUGUGCUUAUCUCUACCAGUGCCAUGAAUCGUUCUGGGAAAGACAGCAUUGCUUCCAGAUUGUCGAGCGUGCACUUCCAUGCUUGGCAACGAUUUCCUAUCUAUGUGCCAACAGCCAGGAAAGUUACAUUGAGUGGGUUACUGCGCUCAAAUCCCACUGUGUUUCUCAGCUCAGUAAGGCCCAAUCAAAGGUACCCCGACUGCGAGAAUUGCGUUGUCUCAAUCUGCAAAUUCUCGAAGCUCAUCGGCUACCUUUUAAGUUAGUGCCGCAUCCGUACUGCAUUGUGUCCCUUAAUCAAGUAAAAGUGGGUAAAACGCGUGUCAAAACCGCCCCGGAUCCAGUCUGGGAGGAGGAAUUCGUCUUAGACGAUGUCCCACCAGACGUGGUUACUGUGACGGUAACUGUUCUAAGCAAGGGUAAACGUGGUAAAGAUUCUGAGGUUGCAGAACUGAUCGUUGAUCUAUGUGGACUUAAAAAUGGCCAGGAAACAGAAGAAUGGUAUCCCUUGAUCGGAAUGACUCCAAUGGGUGAAUGGGGUUCCAUUCGCUUGCGUAUACGUUACUUGGAUGAUUUGGUUAUGCCGUGCGAAGAAUACAGCCCACUGCAACAGCUGUUAGUUGAGCCGGAAUUAAAUGCAGUUCGUGCGCUGGCUGAAAUUUGUCACAACGACCGCAUUCCGCUGGCAACCUCCCUACUGAAAGUGUUUCGUCAUGAGAAACGUGAAACAGAAUUACUGAGAAUACUCUGCCAAGCGGAAGUCGCACGUGAGAAUGAAACGACAACGUUGUUCCGAGGUGCUUCAUUGGCAACCACACUCAUGGAUCUCUACAUGCGUGCCGAGUGCACAAUAUUCCUUCAGUCUGCCGUUUCUGACACAAUCCAAAGAAUACUCGACAGUAAGCAGUCGGGAGAAUUGAAUCCAACGAAAAUGGAUGUGAGUGACGACGCCUGCUCAAAUGCUGAAUUCCUGUUAAUGAUUUUGGACCAAGUCACUCAAUCAAUCUUCACUUCACCCGAUGCAUGCCCUCGAACAGUGCGUUAUAUCUGCAACUGUCUUCAAAAGGCAGUGGUUGCGAAAUGGCCAUCUCCAACUGAGCGUCUCGUGCGCACUCGUGUUGUUUCCGGAUUCAUAUUUUUGCGUCUUCUCUGUCCAGCAUUGCUCAAUCCACGUCAAUUCAGUCUAGUCAGCGAAACACCUCACCAAAUGGCUACUCGGACACUUAUAAUGGUUGCCAAAUGUUUGCAAAACUUGGCAAAUUUGGUAGAGUUUGGAGGAAAGGAGCCAUAUAUGGAAGUGGUAAAUCCAUUUAUUCUGAAAAAUAAGGAACGCAUGAUCGUCUUUUUAGACCAGCUGUCAUCAGUUACGGAUCCGAAUCCACCUCCGGGAUGUAUGGUAGAACAGAACAACUGUACACUUUCAAGCUCAGAUGCAGGUCGUGAGCUGGCCACUCUGCAUCACAUCUGCGUUUCCUACCUACCGGAAUUGCAAUCAAUGAGUAAGGCUAACAACGCGCUCAAAAAACUGGUCACAGUCACGGAUAUGCUGUCGAAGCAUAAACUCAAAUAUCGCGAAAUGAUUAGUUAAUCUGUGAGCAAAUGAGCAAAAUUAUGCGUAGUCGAACAAUAUGAAUGUAAUACAUUGGUCUAAAAUCUUACACUUCCUACUUCCUUUGACGUUGAAGUAUUGAACACAAGAGCGGGACUAAAUUACCCGUUUGAGAGUAUAAAUACUAUCCGUAUAUAACAGAAUUUCCAGAGCUAGGGCACUCUUAAAUAAUCGAGAUGUUGCACAUCUUAUUUGUGGUUUACUCUGUAUUUUUGGAGUAGGUAAAACUAGACUAAAGCUGCUUAUUCGUUGCAUUGUUCUAAUGGUGAAUUGUAUUCUACAGCAACACAAUCGUUUUAUAGCAUUUUGCGGUACUCAGGAGAGAUAUCUUUAGGCAUACAUUUUUCGACAAAACGGAGCAAACAAAGUGGAAAUAUAUUCCAUCGCACAAAAAGUACAGAACAUUUUCGACUCAAAAUUUUGAUGUUGAUUUGUACCGCCAUAACAGCAUGCAUGCAUGCCUAAAAGAUAAAGAUUUGGUUAUUUUUAAUUCAAAAUAUCCACUUUAGAUUCAUAAAUAAAUAACAAAAACAACAGAUCCACUUUGUAGAUGCACUGGGCUAUUCUUUGCAUCCUGUUUCUUGUUUUUUUUUAACUGUCAAAUAAAAAAACCAAUAUCAUUUAUAGGAAUACUUUACAUUAGAGCGCAUCAUCAACAAGCGGAUAUAUUAAAACCAAGUAUGAAUCAGUUUUAACUAGACUGUCUAAACCGAAGAAACUACUUUCGUAGAAUAGUGGGGCAGCGAAACAAACGAGAAUCAACCAAUACCAUAAUGAGAAACGAAGUAAUUUUAAUGAUAGUGGAAUGUUGGAAACAAACAGGAACUCAAAAGUAGAAUAUUAUACCAAAAAGACGUGGAGAUUCAGUCCUCAGUUUAGCGUUUAGGAGACAUUGUCUAUGUGCAUUUAAUUGCGUUUUCCGCCCUGCAGGUAAACCCACAGGUUUACAUCACAGGUCACCUAACGAAUACGGUGUAUUGGAAAGUUGAUUGCAGGGAUGUUGACAGCGAGUGCAACAAACGCCAUUUUAGUUAGUACACAGAUAUUUAUAAAUAUGUUAUUUUCUACUUUUUAUAUGCUUUUAUUCAAUUAUUUUCUCUACUGUCACCCAGAUCAAUUAGGCCAUGCUUCAGCCCAGACAAUUUUCAAUGCAUUUUUAUAAUCAUAUUUAAACGCAGAAUAUUACAAAUAAUUAACGAAACGGAAA